AUGAUUAUGAUGAUGCGCCGUGUGAUGUGUGUGUUGGCCGUUGUGCUGUGCUGCGCCUGCGGGUAUACCAUGACGGCUGCUGCUGCUGGACAGCCAAAAGCGGUGAUGGCGAAUACUGGACUUCCUGAUGAAUUGAAGAAUAUCGUGGGUAGUGAGUAUCCUUCUUCUGGUGAGUUUCCUUAUGUUGAAAAGAGUACAGAAAUCAAUGAUUACUUUAAAAAAAAAAAUAAUGAGGCAAAACAUGGAAUGCCUAAAGUUACGAGACAGGAGGGUCCGUUAUUAUCUUCAACAAGGGCGGGGGCACAGAAUCAUGUUGUAUCUUCUGGUGGUGAUACUUCUCAACUUCCACAUGGUGAAACUGAAACGGAAGUUGUACCUGAUAGUAAUGCCCAUACACGCCCUCCCCUGGAGAAUAAAUCACAAAUGCCCUCAGGUCCGGAGAAUACCGUACCCGAUACAGAGAGUCCGGUUGACCCCACAAUGUCCCAAAAGGCUGAAAUAGCUAAACAAGAUGGCGCAGAAGGUGAACAUGAAGGGACUGUGUCGUCAUCUGGUACUUCAGUCUCACUAAAAACAGAGGAAAGUGGACCAUCAGCAGAGGCAACAUCGUCAACAACUGUAGGCACACACUCUUCUGAAGUUGUUGAUUCCCAACAUUCCAAAUCACAAACACCAUCUGAAAACACCACAGAGAACAGUAAUACCAAUGAUGGUAAUCCUUCACAGAAU